AUGCAUAAACAUAACAAAUCCAAUCAAUAACCAUAACACAAGGCAAAAAUUACAGUUAUUGGGAAUCUGGGAGUUGGCAAAACUUAGCUAAUAAGCAAGUUUUGUGACUCCCUCAAUUCCAAUCAGUAUGUGACAUCUCAAGAUAUACCCAUAAACCUAUUAAAAGGGAGAGAUUUUCAAUCAAAAACUAUAGUUCUCCAAAAUAAAAAUUUCAUGUUAAAUCUGCAAGAUACUUCUGGCGAUAAGAAAUUCCAAGUAGUUACAGAGGUUUUCAUAAAAGGAGCAAAUGCAAUUAUAAUUGUGUUUGAUCAACACAAACUCUCCACUUUCCAAGAUGUUAAAUAUUGGAUUGAUUUGGUAAAUAAAGUCGACUCCAAAGUCCAACACAAAAUUUUGAUUGGCAACAAGUGUGAUUUGGAGAAAUAAUUUGAAGAAAACGAAUUACAACAAUUAAUAAACGAGGAGAACCUAAUAUACUACGAAACAUCAAUCAAGGAAAACAUAAACAUAGAGGUCGUGAUUUCCAGAAUUGUGGAUUUGGUUUCAGAAGAUUAUCCAACAAGUGAUGAAAUUCAACAUUUGAGUUCAAUCAUUCUAGAAGAACAUAAUAAAUCAAAAAUGCGAGAUUCUUGUUGUAUUAAUUGUGUAAUUAUGUGA